UCUUUUCAAAAAAUAACAAUUAAUAGCCUUGUUUAUGAAGCCAUUCAAGAAUUAAAAUGCUGCUUGCAAAACAUGGUGUAUUUGAUCAACUGAAAAGUUUUGCUUAGCAACAGGUUUAUUAAUAGAAAGAAAUGCGACCAGAAGAAGGAUAAGUAGUGGAACAAUCUGAAUCUUCGUAUUUAAUCUGGAUUGUUACAGAAGAAACUGGUCGUUCUUUUGAAUUUUCUACUGAUUCUGGAUCACAUACUUAGCCUGUGUCACCACAGCUAGAAAGAAAAUAUUUUAGGUAACAGGAAGCUUGAAGUCAUGGCUGGAAAACCAAAACUUUACUACUUUGAUGGAAGAGGCAAGAUGGAGUCAAUACGCUGGUUGUUAGCUGCAGCUGGUGUUGAGUUUGAAGAAGAGUUUUUGGAAACUCGAGAGCAGUAUGAGAAGCUCCUGCAAGGUGGAUCCCUGAUGUUCCAGCAAGUGCCGAUGGUGGAGAUCGAUGGGAUGAAGAUGGUGCAGACCAGAGCCAUCCUCAGUUACAUAGCAGCGAAGUACAACCUUUAUGGGAAGGACCUGAAGGAGAGAGCCCUGAUUGAUAUGUAUGUUGGAGGAACUGAUGACCUCAUGGGCUUCAUUUUGACGUUCCCAUUCUUAUCAGCUGAGGAUAAAGAGAAACAGCGUGCUGUUAUUGUUCAAAAGGCAACAAGCAGGUAUUUCCCAGUAUACGAAAAGGUUUUGAAAGACCAUGGACAGGACUUUCUUGUUGGCAACAAUUUUAGCUGGGCAGAUGUUCAUCUUCUUGAAGCCAUUUUAAUGGUAGAAGAGAAGAAGUCAGAUGUGCUCUCAGGCUUUCCUCAAUUACAGGCAUUUAAAGCAAGGAUAAGCAGUAUCCCCACAAUCACGAAAUUUCUAGAGCCAGGAAGCCAGAGAAAGCCUGUUCCUGAUGAUAAAUAUGUGGAGACUGUGAGGAGAGUUCUCCACAUGUAUUAUGACAUAAAAGCGAAUUAGUGUGCCUGGCUAAAACAACAGCUGUGCUCGGUUUGAGUGAACUAUCAAAUUGCACAUGUGCAGAGAGAUGGUGAAGGAAAAGGAGUUUCAAUGGGCAGUAUCUCGUGCUCUCUCAUACAAAAUACAGCAGGCAGGUAUCUAU